AAACCCAAUCAGCUGUUUUUUGCUUCACUCAAUUCGUUUACAUUUUUGUUAACCUAAAAUUUUUUAGUGUUUUUUUACAAUACGCGUAGUUUUGCCCGCCUUUAAUAAAACAUUUUGUUUAUUGCUGUGAAAUUAAAGUGAAUUUGUGUCCUUUUGUGUAUACACUGCAGUGUUAUAAUAAAAUUUUGAAAAUGUUCAACGCCAGCACAGACACGUUGAAGCUGAAUCAAACAGCGAUGUUUGCCAAAAUACGCGCCGGUUUGCCGGUGGAUCGCCAGCACACGCAAAAUUUGCUCGAAUGCAAGGAUGACAUGUUGUACGCAUGGAAUACGGAAGAAUGCUGCCUUUUGGCAGUGAAUUGGCGUUUGGCGGCGUUGGAGGGAUUUGAAGCCGUCAAAUACCAGCAUCUCAUACCAUCGGUGCCGCAAAGUUUCCAAGUGGAACGUGUUGUCGCCUCGUCGGAAGGCUCACUCAUCGCGCUCGCCGGUGCAAGAGGUGUCACUGUGCUCGAAUUGCCACGACGCUGGGGCAAGGAUGGGCUCUUCAUGGAGGGCAAAGAGAAAAUCACAUGUCGCGCAUUUAAUUUGGACUCGCUACUGUUUAGCAACAAUCCCCACCUGGAACUGCGUCAGUUGCGUUGGCAUCCAUUUUCGCCUACCGACUCGCAUCUGCUCGUACUGCUCUCGGACAAUACAAUACGCGUUUAUGACAAUUCCACACUCCGUCACGUAUGGAAAGUCGGUCCAGUGCCGAUGAAGUCUGAUAACAGUCUCAAUAGCUCGACAGCGCUAUCGCUUGGUGAAUUUGCUGUAGAUUUUGAUAUUGCACCCACUCUGGCUUCGAAGGAAGAUGCAGUAUUAAACUCAUCAACUACCAUUAAUAACAACACCACGAAGGAUACGUUAAAUCACAGUCGAAAUCUCUCGAAGGCCUUUAAUGAGUCGGCUACAGGAAAGCAAAAUAACGCACGAAAUAACGAACGUAUUGAAUGGCCUAUUAUUGUGUUGCGUGAGAACGGCAAUAUCUACGUACUAAUGGCUGGACUAGAUAGUCAUAAACCACGCUUACAAGGCCCACUAACAAUUACACCACAUAGCAACGACAAUUAUGGCUUGGACUCAUGUGCUAUUUUAGUCAUCCCCUCCUUGCCGCCAACACUGGUCAUUGCCGAAGCGAAUGGCACUCUGCAUCAUGCACUAUUCCUUGAGGCGGAGGAAGCGGAGGAGUCUUUUAACGAAGUAGACGCCAGCUUGAUCAUACAUCCAUCUGAGUACACAAUACAUGUUCUGGAAACGGUUUUGCUGGAACUGGGUUUACCGAAGGAUGACCCAAAAUCCAAGACUUACAAUUGUCCCAUACAUUUGAAACGCGAUUAUAUCAAUGAGAUGCGCUAUUUCGCCUACCACAAUGCCGGAUUGCAUGCGAUAACCAUCAAUUUCAUCGCCGAGCUGCAACGUUUCGUAGAAAGUGAUGUCGAAUCCGACAUCAGCCCACUCUCGACCGCCUCAAAUGCCGAAUAUAUUGUUUGCACUAAAAUCGAUGCCAGCGAACGCAUCAACGCCGUACUCGGCUUCGUGCUACUCCAAAUGCCUUCGGGCGUUGUACUACUACUCGGUAGUGGUGAAGUUAUCAGUCUAAAACUAAUCAUCGAUCCUAAAAUACUUGUGGAAACAGUGAAAAUUAAAGAGGAAACAGAUAAAUCAUUGCAAAAAUUGGAAGCCAAGUCUGAAUUGGAUCGCAUGUUGGAGCCUUCCUUCGUCGAUCACAUCAAAAGCAUGCUCAAGCGUGACGUUACACAGCCAAUACUCUCAGUAGACAAAACUAGCACACCAACACCACAGGAGUGUUAUGAGCUGCUCACACAAGCCAUUGAGGUGCUGCGCACACAGUAUUUGAAGCGCCACGAACUGGUGCGUGCUGAAAUCACAAGGCGUGUCAACACUAUAAAGUUGCGCAAAGAGCAGCAGGAGCAUGAAAUUGCCGAUUUGGAGCAGGAGCGUGAGAAUAUACGUGAGACAGCGCAUCGCCUGGCCGAGCGCUUUGAGGAGAUCAGCGAUCAGCAGGAGAUCAUAACGAAGAAAUGCCAACAUCUUGUGCGUCAGGCACAUACCCGCCUACCCACCAAUCCAAUUGCCGAUAAAGAAUUCGCCCAGGAGGUGGAGCGUAUCAAUAAAGAGACUAAAGCUUUGACAAAUGCUAUGCAGAAGGCGCGCGAUACCAUCAACAAGCAAACGUAUCAUAUCUCCAAAUAUAAUCAAACCGCUAAGAAGAAGACUUUCCAUUUGCCAGAACGUCAGGAGCGGAACAUUAAGGAGAUACUUAUGCAAAUCGCUGCCGAAGUGGACUCCCAAAUUCGUGACGUCAAGCAUAUCAAUCAACAACUUGGUGUUUAAUAAAAUGCCCAAAAUCAUAAAAUUUUCAUUACACUUAUUACAUUUAAAUCGUAAAGGCUAAAUAAUAAGCCAUUUAGUUUAGUUCUCUAGCGCAGAAAAUGACAUAACAAUAAUAUUUGUUCUGUUUCUUUUUUGCUUUUUGUUCAUUGAUUUUUACUUUAAUACAUACAUACAUAUUACAUUCAUAUGAUAUGAUUUAUAUUAAAAUGCUCAAAAUUGUCGAGUGCAUAGUAAA